ACGGCCAAACCCCUGGUCGCAGUCCAGAAAUGGCCGCCGCCGCGAAGCUCUCCGUCUCCAGCCAGGCCUUCGCGGCGCUCCUCGACUGCUGCGGGACCGCCGCCGGGGACUGCGACGGGCUACUCUUCGGCCGUGCCGCCCGCCCCCCGGCCCCUCCCCCUUCCCUCUCCGACGACGACGACUCCGGCGCCACCUCCUCCGCCCCAACCCUAUCCAUCAACGUCACCGGCCACGCCUCGCUCGCCCGACCCUCCUCCCUCUCCGACGCCCUCGGCCGCUUCCAGCCCUACUCCCCCGCCCGCCCAGCCACCGUGGGCUUCUUCUCCUCCCGCCGCAGCGCGGCGCGCCGCCCCUCCAUGCGCGAGGUCGCCGUCGCCCGCUCCCUGUCUAAAUCAUUGGCCCUCACCCACCCCCUCGUGUUUCUGCUCGUAGCCCCCUCCGCCUCCUCCAACCUCUCCAUCCACUCGUUCGACUACCGCGCCUUCCUCCUUGUGGAUUCCCGCCUCUUCCCCACCUCCCUCCAGGUCGUCAACGUGGGUCCUGGUUUCCGGGGCCAGUACCACACCUUCGCGGCGGAGUCGCCAAUGCCGUGGCUGCCGCGUCCGCCGGCAAAGGGCUUCAGCAUCAGAGACCAGAAGGCGAUGGAUGGGAUGAUUGAUGCGUUCGGGCUGGGAAGGGUGGAGGCCUUGGUGGCCUCGGCCACGGGGCAAUCAAUCGAGGUGGAGGAGAUGUAUUCCGGGAUGCUAAGGAGGCUGGAGAGGCUUGCUCGGGAGGCGGAGGGGGGAAAGAAGCUGGUGCGCCGUCAGGAAAACAAGAACUUAUUGGCAAAGAUAAAAAUUGCCGGGUUGAAGUAAGGGCAGAGAUCUUGUUCUCAGCAAGCGUGUAGAGGCUCUGUAAGAGUGGUCGCAAGAUUUGAAGCCGGGAUCCUUGAACUGUACCUUGAGUUGAAGUGCCUGCCUAUUUCCUCUUUUUGGCUGGAUGAUUUCUGGACUUCCAGUAUCGCAUAUUUGUUCUUUUGAACAGAAGAUUCAGGGGGUUCAAAGGAUGCGGAAACCAGGAUAGUAAAUGUGAACCCAGUUCUUUUUUCCUUGCGUGCAAAGAUGUGGCAUCAUUUCGCCACUGCCCCUUCAAAAGCUGAAUGCAGUAGUGUUCCAUGUUAUGUGGUUAAGCAGAUUCAAGUCCAAUUUGGAUUUGCCAUUCUAGUAGUAUGCUUUUAUCUGCAGUGGAGCUGUGACUUGGUGGUACCCGAAUCAGCGUUCAUCGACCCAUGCUUAAAGUAGCA